AUGUUGUGCCAUGGCGGCACGUGCUGGGGGGAAGGCAGGUGCUGGGGACGGCGGCAGGUGCUGGCAUGGCGCACGCAACGUGCUGUCGCUGGGCAGGCGUCAGUGACGCGUAGCUGUCGGACGCGGCGUAAGCCGGUAAAUGGCGCGCAGGCGUUGGGGUUGCGGCAGGUGCUGGGGACGGCGGCAGGUGUCAGAUGCACUGGUGGCCAAGACGAUGCAGGCAGAACAGCAAGUGAUGGCGGCGGUAAGGGCCUGGAGACGGCGGCAGGUGUCACGGCGCAACAAUGCGAAAGACACUGGUGGGCGUCAGACGCGCGGCAGGCGCUGAAGACGGCAGCAGGCGCCAGACGGCGGCGCCAGACGCCAGGCGUCAGGUCGAUGGCAGGCGUCACUGCCGGGCGCAGAGGCGCGGGCGUUGGCGCGGCAAUGCGUCAAUACGGCAGGCGCUGGGGACGGCGGCAGGCGUCAGACGGCGGCAGGCGCUGUACUGGCAGGCGCGGGGGUCCUGAGGACGCAGGCCAUUGCGGCGGGCCAGACGGCAGGUCAGGGGUCACUGCAGCAGCCGCGACCGCAAAGCCAGGCAUUCGCGGCGGGCGUCGGGACGGCGGCAGGUCAGGCAGGUGUCAGUGGCAGGUCAGGGGACGGUGGUGGGCGUGCUGGGGACGGUGGGUGCUGGGGGUCGGCAGGUGCUGGGGGACGGUGGGCGUCAGACGGUGGUGGGCGCUGGGGGUGGACGCAGGCAGGCGGCAGGGGACGGUAGUGGCCAGGCGGGCGGACGGUGGCAGGUGCUGGGGGUCAAGUGGCAGGUGCUGGGGACGGCAGGUGGGUGUGACGGCAGGCAGAUGGGAGGGCGGCAGGCGUGCUGGGGGUCAAGUGGCAGGUGCUGGAGUGGCUGCGGCAGGUGCUGGUGGACGGCAGCAGGUGCUGGGGGCUGGCGGUGAAAAGCUGGGGACGGCGGUGGGUGCUGGGGACGGGUGGCAGGCGUGCCAGACGGCAGAGUAA